ACAGAAAAGUAUCCUUGGCAUACCCACUUUCAUUUUAAAACAUGAAACUAUCACGUUAUUCUCUCUUAACUCACGCUGCAGCUUUAAAGAGGUGUGGUAGUGACGUCACGCUUUGUCCCGCCCGCUCACCUUUUACCCUUUUCAGGAGUCAGUAUAUAACUUGCUAGAGGCUGUUAAACUCCCACAGUAACAUGCCCAACAGUUUCUGUUCUAUACUGAGCAUUGUAGGUCUAAACCAACUGCUUAGUCUCAGGUUUGAGAUCAAUGCCAUUCAUAUGUUUGCUCCUGGGUUUGUUCACACCUCCUUGUGUCAAGGUAGAAUCCGGCAUUCCCGCCCGGCCAAGCUCACUCCUUAUUGGAGGAGACGUGGAGGGCUUUUACAAGAGGAAGGGGGGGGUAUGAUCACGUGGCACAUUCAGCCCAGCUCCAGGGCGCCAUUUUGGAGGAAAGUUUGGGAUUUUCAGAACGGAGGGAGAAAUAGGAGGUGUGUUAAAAAGAGGAGGAGAAGGGCGGGGGAGCGGAUAUUGAGAGACUAGACGAAGAAGGAAAGGAGGAGGGAAAAGGGGCGACAAGAAAGAAAAAAGGCACAAGAAGGAACCGAUGAGUGAACUUUUUGCGGAACCCUCAGCUUCCUUCUAAAUUCUACUCCCCGCUGUGGAUCAGGAGACGGAAACUUCUGCUGCCCCCUAUCAGCAACUUUAUACUCACGCAGAAGCGCCCACCCCCGUGUACUGUGGAGGGAGGGGGGGCUGACACAGGGGCGCCCAAGUCUUGAAUUUCCCAUCAUAUCUCCCUUUGCUGAACACUGUAUGUGCUGUUUAAAGUCACAUAGUUAAGAUCCUCCAUUUCACAGUCUACGGAUUAGUCCUUUGGAGAAUAACCCCAGUAGGAAGGACUUUCCCACUGUUGCGCUCAAGGGGGGAGGAGGAACUCUCACCGCAGUAUCCUCCUCCGGGAGAUUAUCCCGUGGAGCCUCCCGCUGAGGGUGCGAGUGUUGUCCGGGGUCAAGCUGCCGGCUGACUGUUGCUGUGUGGUUUCGUGGGGGGCCGCACCAUGCCUGUCAGGAAGCAAGAUACUCAGCGUGCAUUGACCCUUCUGGAAGAAUACCGCUGCAAACUUCACCAAACUGAAGACAAACAACUCAGGAAAUCUAUUGAGCGUGUAAUUGGCAUCUUUCAGAGCAAUCUUUUCCAAGCUCUUAUAGAUAUACAGGAAUUUUAUGAAGUGACCUUACUGGACAACCCUAAAUCUAGUGACAAUGCUAAGCCGACUGAACCAGUGCAGACUAUAAAUACAUGGGAGUAUUCCAGCCUUCCUAACUCAACAGCAACUUGUGAAACUCUACCAAGCAGCCUUAUUUUAAAUGUUGAGAAAUAUCGAUAUCCUGAUGAUGAUAUCACGUCACAAGAGCCCAGUUCCCCACACAUGCUUAAUGAUGGAAGAAAUGUAGAAUUAGUCCAGAUAUCUGAAAAGAACAUCUCACAGAAAGAGAAUAUCCAAGGGCUUGUGUCACAUUCACUUAUUUCCCCUCUAAAGACCCCAGAAGCUGACACUCCCUGUCCUCCCAUUGUCCCUGUGAUCCCUGUUAUUCCAGUCCCUGCUGAGAGCAAUGUCAUCCCAUCCUCCACUCCACAGGCAAAUCCCCCACCGGUAAUUGUUAACACUGACCUGGAAACGCCAGCUUACGUUAAUGGCACAGAUGCUGAAUAUGAAUACGAGGAAAUUACACUCGAAAGGGGCACUUCAGGACUUGGCUUUAGCAUUGCAGGUGGCACAGAUAACCCACACAUAGGAGAUGAUAUAAGUAUUUUUAUAACAAAAAUAAUUUCUGGAGGAGCAGCAGCACAAGAUGGAAGAUUACGGGUUAAUGAUUGCAUAUUACGGGUGAAUGAAGUGGACGUACAUGAUGUGACACACAGCAAAGCCGUUGAGGCGUUAAAAGAGGCAGGAUCUAUUGUCCGUCUGUACGUCAGAAGGAGAAAGCCUGUAACAGAGAAAAUAAUGGACAUAAAGCUUGUUAAAGGCCCCAAAGGUCUUGGGUUCAGUAUAGCUGGCGGUGUAGGAAAUCAGCACAUACCUGGAGAUAACAGCAUUUACGUAACUAAAAUCAUUGAAGGUGGGGCAGCUCACAAAGAUGGAAGGCUUCAAAUUGGGGACAAACUUCUAGCAGUGAACACCGUGUGCCUGGAAGAAGUAAGUCAUGAAGAUGCUGUGACUGCUUUGAAAAAUACAUCAGAUUUUGUUAAUUUGAAAGUGGCAAAACCAACAACAAUGUACAUGAACGACAACUACGCUCCUCCAGAUAUCACCAACUCAUAUUCUCAGCAAGUGGAUAACCAUAUCAGUCCAUCAGGAUUUAUUGGGCAUCCGCUGCCGCCAUCCCCUGGCCGAUACUCCCCAGCCCCAAAAGGAAUGCUGGAAGAUGAUGAUUUGACACGGGAACCAAGGAAAGUUGUUUUACAGCGAGGUACAACAGGACUUGGCUUCAACAUUGUUGGUGGUGAAGAUGGAGAGGGUAUUUUCAUAUCCUUUAUACUCGCUGGAGGUCCGGCUGAUCUGAGUGGAGAACUCCAGAAAGGGGAUCGCAUUAUGUCUGUGAAUGGAGUUGACCUAAAAUCUGCCACUCAUGAGCAGGCAGCAGCAGCCUUGAAGAAUGCUGGCCAGACAGUAACCAUUGUUGCGCAAUACCGUCCAGAAGAAUAUAGUCGUUUUGAGGCCAAGAUUCAUGACUUACGGGAGCAGAUGAUGAAUAGCAGCAUUAGCUCUGGAUCUGGUUCCCUGAGGACAAGCCAGAAGCGAUCAUUAUAUGUCAGGGCUCUUUUUGAUUAUGAUAAGACAAAAGACAGUGGCCUCCCAAGCCAAGGACUUAAUUUUAAAUUUGGAGAUAUACUGCACGUUGUUAAUGCCUCUGAUGAUGAAUGGUGGCAAGCACGCCAAGUUACAGCAGAUGGAGAAAGCGAGGAAAUUGGAGUCAUUCCAAGCAAGCGCAGAGUUGAAAAGAAAGAGCGUGCCAGGUUAAAGACUGUCAAAUUUAAUUCAAAAGCUAGAGGUGACAAAGGGCAGUCAUUCAAUGACAAGCGUAAAAAGAACCUCUUUUCCCGAAAAUUUCCAUUCUACAAGAACAAGGACCAGAGUGAAAUGGAAACCAGUGAUGUUGAUCAACAUGUAACUUCUAAUGCCAGCGAUAGUGAAAGUAGUUACCUAAUCUUAAUUACGGAUGAGUAUGGAUGUUCACAAGGUGGUCAAGAAGAAUAUGUAUUAUCAUAUGAGCCAGUCAAUCAACAAGAAGUAAACUACUCACGACCAGUAAUAAUUUUGGGGCCUACGAAAGACAGAGUAAAUGAUGACCUGAUCUCAGAAUUUCCAGAAAAAUUUGGAUCUUGUGUACCACAUACAACAAGACCUAAAAGAGACUAUGAAAUUGAUGGCAGAGAUUACCAUUUUGUGACUUCCCGAGAGCAGAUGGAAAAGGAUAUACAGGAUCACAGGUUCAUCGAAGCUGGACAGUACAAUAGCCACCUCUAUGGAACAAGUGUCCAGUCUGUGAAAGAAGUAGCAGAACGGGGCAAACACUGCAUUCUUGAUGUAUCUGGCAAUGCAAUCAAAAGAUUACAAAUAGCACAACUCUACCCAAUUGCAAUCUUCAUCAAGCCUAAAUCUGUGGAAAACAUUAUUGAAAUGAGCAAACGAGUGACAGAGGAACAAGGCCGCAAGACAUACGAGAGAGCUAUGAAACUAGAGCAGGAAUUCACAGAGCAUUUUACAGCAAUUGUGCAGGGAGACACUUUGGAGGAAAUCUACAACCAGAUCAAACAGAUCAUAGAAGAACAAUCCAGCACCUUCAUCUGGGUUCCAGCUAAGGAGAAAUUAUGAAAAUAAAGAGCCAAGUUCAAAAGCCCAUGCCACUGCCUAUUAAAACAUCUCUCCCAUAGGGGUGGUCACAAGUAAAAGGGAAGCUUCCCUUACCUUAUUUAAAAGAGCUGUUCCUUCUACCUUUCAAUUAUAUUGUCACAUCCUAUCUUAAUAUAUAUUUUUUUUUCUUAUUUUUUUCUUUUUUUUUUUUUUUUUGCCUUGUUUUAUUUUACGUUUUUAAGGUGGAAUGGCCAGACCAGUUAUUAAAAUGUUAUAAUGGUAAGGAAAAUCCUUAAUGUUUAAGGGAAAGUGUUUAACACGUUUUCAGAAAAGAAAAAAAAAGCUUUACAAAUAAUGUUGGAUACAAGAAAAAUAAGUGGUCUUAACUUUAUAUAUUAUGAGCAUUUUUGCACAAUUUGCUUUUAAUAGCAUGGUUUGGCCUAUGCAUUUUUAUGUUUUAAGAUAAACUAUUCUGGCAAAUUGUUUUCUUUAUAGGCAGUUAGCAAGCCUUAUGUUUUCCUAACUCAUAUGUUUAAAACCUGUGGCAUUAUUUUAUGGCAUGACUUGGAUUGCUUUUAAGUCAUUUCCACUGCCACAGUUGUUUCAUUGAACCAUUUUUAACAAUUUUAAGGGCCAUUGCAUAAGCAGCAUGUUGAUGGCUGCUACUUGUUGCCGCGAUAAAAAUGCCCCUACUCACCCGAAAUCGCUUUCCAUUAUGUUGAAUAGAUAGUUUUGCAAGAAGCGAUAGUCAAAAGCUGCGUAUAGUGUGCCCAUAAAGUUAUUUUUUUCCGCCCAGUUUCUCCAGUGAUAACAUUUUAACAUUGUGGUUCUUAAUCCUAUUUACAGAGUCUGAAAAUGUUUUGAUACUGGUAAUAUUUCUCAUAAAGGAGAAACACUUCAGGUAAUUAGCGUAGCCUCUUUACUGUCCAGUAAUGUAUAUAGCACUACAGAUGACCUCUGUCACGUUUGAGGGAAAAAAAUGAAUACCUAGACUUAUUGCUGUAAGUGUAUUCUUAGAUAAGAGAUUUUAAUAUUUUACCCACAAUAACUGCCUAUUUUGUUAUAAAAAAAAAUUAUAUUAUAUAUAUUAAACAUUCAUUUAAACUCUAACAAUGGGAGUACUUUUCUUUAAAAAUAAAUACAAAAACAUUUUUUUUUCCACCAGCUGAAUUUUUUUCAUUGUCUUUGAAAACACAAAGUGCAAUGUAUCUUCCAUGUGAACAAAGCUUUUUGGUGGCAGCAUAUAUUGAUGCUGUGUUAAAGGAACGGUAGCUGCUUAAUUAAAUAUAGGCAUGUUCUCCUCUUCUCUGAAGUCUCUAGUGUUUUAUUUUUAUGUAAUGUGCAUGUGUUACCCUGUGUGAUUUUUGAGUUUUUAUGUACGUGUUCACCUACAGAAUGCAUGUGAUACAUCCAUGAAGACUCUAAUUUAUGUUCAAGCUGAGUUUCAUGGAUGCAUUUGGGGAAGGGGGGGUUAAAGAAAAAAUACAGAUUUACAAAAUACAUUGUGUGGUACUGACACAUUUGCUUGUUUUUGGAUUGGUUUAUAAAAAAUAUUAAACAUGCUUUUUACAGUCUCAUUAAACCGCAACCAAAUGAUCAUUCGUUUGUAAUAAACAUCAUUAUUCAUUCCAUUUGUCAGAAAGAGGAGAACACCUAAUAAACUUUUAUUAAACAAAUGAAAA